AUGGGCAAACGAAAGGAUGCAGCUGCAGAAUGGGAGAUGUACAAAGAUGAUAUCAAAAUGCUCUAUAAGACCAAAGAACUCCCUGACCUAAUGGCACUCAUGAAAAAGCGCGGCUUUCACAGGAGCGUUGCUCAAUAUAAGCAUAAAUUCAAGGAAUGGGAGUUUCAAAAGUACUCCAAUCAAAAGGAGUACGAGUACAUGGCUCAUACGGAGAAGAAAAGAAAGUAUGAGAACAAGGAUACAGAAUUCAACGUCCGAGGGAAGAUACUCGGGUCGGAAAAGUUGGCGAAAAAGCUUCGGCGUCAUCUCCCAAAGGGCUAUGAGACUGUACCCCUAAUCGAAGUUGGGCCUUCGACACCUGAAGGAAUCCAGGUUCUCUCCCCGUCUGCGAAGAAGGAUGAUGAGGUCUACAUCGAGUUAGCCCUCCUCCCGUUCUUCCGAUUUCAACAGUUCCUCCAGCAAGCUGUCUUUUCUAGGGAGAUGCCUCAUUCGUACCAUUUUGAUUUCUCGGCGAUGACCAUAGAUGAGAUAAUUCCAUCAAGCGGCAGCAAAUCUAACGGUCACCCUGGUCGGUUCUUAGAAGCCGUAAUCAUUGGCCAGACUGAGGACGAGCUUCGACGCUCCUCGGCUGCCAUUGUCCACGGCCCCCCUGCUGACGCCCUGUUCUAUACCAUAUCCUAUUGUGCUUACCUGGCGUCUAACAAUCUACUUACCGAGGACAACCUGGACAGGAUUGUUCAAUGGAUGGUUACCAAUGAGAAACGCCUUCCUCUGUUCGAUUUCCUAGACCUUGGCUCCCCCACAGUUACUAUCUUUAUGCGCAAAUUGCUCAAAAGUACGGUUCGGCUUGGGCAUAAGAGCCUGAUGCGCCAUCUGCUCCAAAUAUGCCUGUCUUCCGACAAUCUUAGACAAAUUUUACAGUCCCAGGAGAUAUUAUAUGAAGCAGUUAAGCAUAACGAGCUCGAGCUGAUGACCUGUGUUCUGGACGCCGGUGUAUGUUUGGAAUCGUUUACACGGGGCAUGUGGGUCAUCGUCGAAAAUGGCUAUGAAAAAAUGUUAAAGCUUCUCAUAUCUAAAGGGUUGAAUAUUCAUGAUACAGAUCAGUUCGACGGGUGGUUCGAAAUUGCAGUGGAGCAUGACCAAGCAGCAAUCGUGCAGUUGUUAAUUGACUUGAAAAUAAACGACAUGGACAUAAAGGAUGAAACCUUUUUUCGCGUCCUAGCUGAAAAUGAGGAAAUGGCUCGGCUACUCGUACGUGCCGGGGUACCUAUCCCUCUCAAGUUUGAGUUGGGAUAUCGCAAAAUCUCAGACUGCAUGUUAGACGACCUACUCUUCUUCUAUCCUGUUCAAACGCCUCUCCAGGUCGCCGCCCAAGGUCAUAAUUGGGAGCUCGUGAGAGACCUUGUUAAACACGGCGCCUCAAUUGACCUCGGGUAUACAUAUAUCUCCAACACCGAAUGUGAGGCGUGGCUCGCUAACUUGGAAGAGGAGUUCAAUGUUGAUGGUGUUAUACCGGUCUGCUCUGCACUGCAGGCCGCUGUUAGUUAUGGAAAUGUUGAAAUCACAUUAUUCCUACUCCAGAAUGGCGCAAAGGUGGAUGCACGACCCAGCGGUUGGUACGGGCACACAGCUCUUCAAAUUGCUGUGGCUUCUGGAUAUAAAGACCUUGUGGAGUUGCUCUUGAAAUGGAACGCCGAUGUUAACGCUGGUCCUGGCUUAUAUAAGGGAUCAACUGCUUUACAGUUGGCUGCCGGCCUCAGAGACCUUGAAAUAUUUGAAAUACUACUCAAAAAAAAAGCAAAUGUUAAAGCAAAUCCGGGCAAAGAUGGGAAAACUGUGCUCCAAGAUGCUGCAUAUGCUGGGAAUAUCAGAUUGGUCCAAUUCCUUCUCCAGGAUUCCUACACGGAUGUCCACGAACGCCCUCACCCUGAGGGUGGAAGAACCGCAUUACAGGCGGCUUCAGUGUCUCUUGUCCCGUCUAGCCUGGAAAUAGUGAAAUUACUGCUCUCUGCAGGCGCCGAUAGCAAUGCCCCUCCUGCAGAAAAACGGGGAAUAACCGCACUACAAGGUGCUGCGGCUACUGGAAACAUAGCCAAAGCAGAACUGCUACUGGCUGCCAACGCUCAGAUUGAGCUAUGUUCUGCGCAAUAUGGUUGUACAGCUCUUCACAUGGCAAUUAGAGGCCGUCACCUUGAAAUGGUUGCCCUCCUUUUACAUCAUGGGGCAACUCCUCAUUACGACGCUUCCGCCAUCAGCGGACGGACUCCCUUACAAGAGGCAUGUUUGAAUGGCGAUAUUCAGAUUGCUUCACUCUUGCUUUCUAGUAUUCCUCGUAAUUUGCAUGCUCUUUUUGUCAACGUCCCAGCCACAUUCAACAGCGGCGUGACUGCGCUCCAGGCCGCAGUUGAGAGCGGCAAUUUCAAGCUCAUCAAGUUACUUCUCGACCUGGGAGCAGAUCCGAAUGCACCAGGCGCGGUGGUUGAGGGGAACUCUGCCCUAGGAAUAGCUACUGUUAAGCAGGAUUUCAAAGCGCUGCGGGUAUUGUUGGAAAACGGCGCUCAGUUUUCGGCAGACUGGAAACUUAUACCCUCCGAUUUAGAUGUUACACACUCUAUCGUGAAUGUCCCAUUUAAUUUGGAUUAUAGGGCCAUGCCCUCCUCCUAUAUUGACCUUAGGGCCAGGGCCUCGGUCUCUUUCUACGCCAAGCAAAAAGACCGAUUUAGAGAAUUUGUUUCACUGGUUGUGGGAAGCGGGCUCGAUAUCAUAGUAUUUCCACGGGUUUUUCUGAAGACAGCUUUGGCAUUCGCUAUCUACUCUAACGAUCUUCGUCUUAUCGACGUACUCCUUUCCAGCGACGUGCUUCUCGUUGAGGCGACCAUAGCCGACUGCAGCUGUUUACAGCGAGCCGCUUCGAUUGGCAACAUUGAAUCCGUGAAAAUAUUUGUUGAGCGUGGAGCAGAUGUUAACAAUGAGAAUGAAGGAACCGCACUCUGGCGUGCUGCUGAGAAUGGCCAUUUUGAGGUAGUCAAAUAUUUACUCGAGCACGGUGCUGAAAUCGAAUCCCAUACAAGUGGUCGAAGCGCUCUACAAAUUGCCGCUAGGAAUGGGCAUGAGGAAGUGGUUAGAUAUUUGGUGGAGCUUCACGGUGCUGACGUUAAUGCCCCUGAAUGUGAAUCAUUCAGACUAACUGCGCUUCAAACAGCUGCUGAACAUGGCCAUGUUGGCAUCGUAAAAUAUCUCUUGGAGCACGGCGCCAACGUCAACGCGCCUGCAUAUCACAAUGCAGGCAUGACUGCGCUCCAGGCAGCUGCUUACACUGGCCACGCAGGAAUCCUAUCGAUUUUGCUUGACGCCGGGGCUGACGUGACAGCCGCUAGAGCUACUUGGAGUGGAACAACAGCUAUUGAAGGAGCAGCAUGGCAUGGGCGACUUGACAUCUUGCAUAUGCUAUUACAGAUUCACCCGCCGGACCAACACUUAGCGGCUCAAUUGAGGCGAGCUAAGGAGCGGGGGGAGGAGGCUGACCACCCCGAAAUAUGCAGGGCCAUUCGAGAGUACCAGAAAUCUCAUGGCUGGUUGGAUUCUGAUUGA